AUGGACUGUAGGCACUCACCUGAGAGCAGCAAGGAGACCUCAAGCCCAGGUUCAGAGCCCGGCUCCCUGACACCUAGCGCAGCCAGCAGCAAUUCCGUAGGUGCGCCACGGGCCGGAGCGGCUCCGGGCAGGCCGGCAGCGGCCAACGCGGCUCGGGAGCGCAGCCGCGUGCAGACGCUGCGCCAUGCCUUCCUGGAGCUGCAGCGGACCCUGCCCUCCGUGCCGCCCGACACCAAGCUCUCCAAGCUGGACGUGCUGCUCCUGGCCACCACCUACAUCGCACACCUCACCCGGAGCCUUCAGGAUGAGGAAGAGUCGCCAGGAGAGGCCUUGGGGACCCUCCGAGGGGAUGGGUACCUGCACCCCGUCAAGAAAUGGCCAAUGCGAUCCAGGUUAUACAUAGGAGCUACGGGACAGUUUCUGAAUCACUCAGCACAAGGAGAAAGUGCAAGCCAAGGAGAAACAGCAACAAAUUCACAAAUCUAAUCUCCCUUUUUCUUUAUUAAAAAAAGAGUUAUUUAUUUCAUCAUAUAUAUUUAAGUUAAGCAUCUGCAGACAAACUUUAAUUCUCCAAGUACUGUUUAUGGUUGAGAAGGAACUGAUUCUUGAAUGCAAUUAAUGCCUUAUUAACUUAAUCUGG